AUGGACACCUCUGAAGUCCUGAGACUCCUGACGCAUAUUGCUGCUCUAACAGUGGAACACUAUUUGCAAGAGUCACGCCAGAAGGAACUCUCUCUGCAGAAACACCCUGUAUAUCUGAGACAUUGUAUUGAACCUACUUGCAGUACAAAGUCCAAUUCAAUUACAGCUGUCCAAAUGACCGGCCCCACUAAACGCCCUCGUAAUGGUGAUGGGGACGACGAAGGCCACCGAAACGACACCUGUGUAGACCCGGUCCUAAACAAACGGAGAAAGGUGCGGGUGCAAACCCGAGGCACUGGUACACAGAGGCAUAGUUGCGAUGAGAGGCGUAGUGGGAGUGGAGUUCAGAGUACAGAGCAAGUCGAGAAAGGGGACAAGUUGAGUGGUAGGACAGACCAGAAGGCACACGAUGGGGCGGACCAGGACACCGCGGAGAAAGGGACUGAUGAGGCGGGGACUGUACAGACCCAGGGCAAGAAGUAUCUGUCCAAGUUUGAGAGGAAAAAGGCGAAGAAGCAAGCCCAGGCCCUUCAGAAAAAGGCCCAGGCUGCAACAGUCCAGGGACAGACGGGUGCAAUUGUGGACAAUGAGAAAGGUACCGGCGGUGCAGCAUCCGCCGGUGGUGCUGGGGUGACUACAGCAGUUGAGGGGGCGGAUGGGAGAGUGACGAUGAAACCGGCGCCGAGGACAAAAGCACCCAAAAAAGGGGCCACGUGCAAGGAAACCCAGAAAACAGGGCAGGCGAGCACCCCACACACCCUAAACACUCCACCGCCAAUGUCAGCCGCGGCGCAGCGGGUACUGGACUCGUUGAUGAAUGGGGCAGAAAGUUCGGUACAAACCAGUCCAGGGAGUACCAAUGUGGCGAGGGCUAACGUAAAGGGGACACUCUCGGACCGACUCAAUCCAGGCCACAAGUAUUACGAUGCACACCUCAAGACACAGUGGAAGACCUUCAGCAAGAGGGAUAGGGCGCGCAUAGUGGCUGUGGACAAGGCCCAGAUAGCCGCACACACACAGCACACCACAGACAUACACCACCCCUUCCCGGCCAACUCAGACGAUCACUGUGAGUCACCGCCGGAGGCUUACCUACACAUAGAGGGAGUGCUUGGCCUGGUUGCGGAGGUCAAGGGGUGCACCCGCGCGCAGUUGCGCAUAUACGACCCGUACUACUGUGCCGGGGCCAUGGCACAGCACUUGGGCGAGCUUGGGUUCACCAAUGUGUACAACAAGUGCGAGGACUUCUACAGGGUUAUAGCCCAGGGGACGGUCCCUGAGCACGAUGUAGUGGUGACCAACCCACCGUACAGUGGCGACCACGUGGACAGACUGUUGCAGUGGGUGUCUGGCAAUGGCAAGCCGUUCUUGCUGCUCAUGCCCAACUACUUUUGCGCCAAACCGUACUAUGCACCUGCGCUCGGCGGAGAGGACCGGGUCGGUGCAGAAAUGUCCUAUCUGUGCCCCCGUAAGCGGUAUAACUACUGGACCCCGAAGGGCAUGCGUGAGGCGGAUAAGGUUCAGAAACAGCACACAGGUGCUGGGGGGUACCGAACAUCCCCUUUCAUCAGUUUCUGGUAUGUUAACCUGUUGCCUGUGAUCUCACGGACGGAUUUGUUCGCGUGGGACAGACGGCAGCGACGGGUUGACCCGACCGCACACGACACUACAACGGCAACGGCAGCCAGCGCUAGCAAGGGCAGCCAUGGCAAGGGUGCCACUGUGAAGAACAGGACACCCACACCAUCUAAUAUUACGACUGAGAGUGCGGGGGAUGGAGAGUCUGUAGUCAAUGGGAAGGGGUCUGUAGCGGCCACGUGGACGUCUGUGAGCACGUGCUCAUAUGCGGUGGUGUUGUGCACUGGAGAUACUCUGCCGCCAGCGGUGCAGCCACGCGGGUCGAACUGAAAGGGUAGUACACAACUCAAAACAGAUGGGCAAAGGGAUGUUAUGGCCCAUGGACCUACCACAGUGUAAAUUAAACCACACGAAAGUCUAAAGGGAUGUUAUGGCCCAUGGAC